AUGGAAACCCCACCAAAUGAGGUCGAGCCCGACGAAGAGCGGUAUCUCCCAGUAAAACCUCCACCUCGGGCUCCGAGACCUUCUCAUAAGGCGUUAGGUAUUUCCCUGCAAGAACGUCUGUCAGGGAUGCGCUUCAAGACGUAUCCCUUCGACGUCUUCUACUCCUCGCUAGGAAAAGCCCUCAUGACACAGAUGAGAGGGCGCAGAAAGGACCGCCGCCUAGUGCAGCAUGACAUUGCGCGCUGGGUUGAAAAGUUCAUCAGCAGUCCAAACCCACGUGUCACACCUUGGCGCAGCGUCGUCGCCAACCUCAGCCGCAACGUCGGCGACUUCCACAAGCUCCCUCUGUACUUCGCUCACCCGCUUCUCACAGGAGAGACCAUUGUUGUCAACCCGGAUUUCGCGAAAGAUGACGAGGGUCGUUACCGCGUUGACGUUGUGAGAGAGUUUGAUAUGGCUGAGCGUCACUUCUGGGCAUCUGUCUUUGGAGCAUUGGGUAAAACUUGCAAGGCGGAGGCCACGGGAAACCUCAACCUCAUCCAGGACGCUUUUCGCCUCAGCACCCUACUAAAUUAUUUCCCUCUCGAUGCCUACGAUGAGCCACAGCCACCAUCGCGUCUUCUGGUCGAAAACCUACCAUUCUUUCUAAGCUAUCGCAUACCUCAAGUGCGUGGCCCGCAGGACGUUGCUUUUGACGAUGAGCUGGAGGAGAGGAUUGAAAAUUGGCUUUGCAAGCCCGCACCGAAUGGAGCCAUGAAGGAGUGGAAUACCCCUCGGAGACAGGCAAACCAGCUUCGCAGGACUCGAAAAGCCGCAAUAACUGGGCCGACCAAGCCUCUCAAGGUUGUUAAGGUUGCCAAGCGGAAAAGGACACCAGAAUAUCACGAGUGA